CGACAAAAUACCGUCGAACGGCAGGAGCAGCUGCAAGACUUUCUUAAAAAGAUGAAAGUGAAAAGCCCCCACAGGAAUAGAAUGCGCCGCAAACUUGAUACGAGGGAUGUGGAUCAUCAUGGGGAAGCAGUGGGAGUGGAACAGGGACUAGUGGGCCACAAAGUUAAGGCAAAUUUUUAGAGUGUGUCCCCCAGCAGCAUUGCUUUUGCCUUCUUUUUAAUGUACUUAGAAAAAGGGGGGAGGGAUGCUAAGACCAGUGAUGACAAGUGGGGACUAAACCAAGCAGUUACUGCGGCAGCGCUAAGAAAGAACGGCAACGACCACAGGGGCAUGAGCAGUUGGAGACGCAGUCGAAAGUAGAGUCCAUACUGAACCAUGAUUCAAGCAGGGACCUACAGUAUCUCAGCCGUGAAUUGGAAAAAGUAUUUGGGCUAACGCAUGAGAAACGCCGGAAACUAGUACGAGACUGGCGCGACGAACACGAGCGGAGGAAGGUGAUUUUCGCUUUCGAGCGCUUUGUGAGUCUGUUGAGUCGAAGCAUCGGAGAUGAUGCACCUGCAUAUUUUCGGGUUAAGGCUACCGCUUAGAGAGCACGAGCACCACUCCUCAUGCAUCUGCAUACAACUCAUACCUUUCUAUCAUAGAGAGAAUACCGCCAUCGCUUUACAUUUUCUGAUUGAAAAAAAAGUAGCCUCCAACCCCAAGGAUGUCGAUGUAGAUUUCUUCUGAGGGAGGUGCGAACGCGCUAGAAGCUCUAAUUGGGAGAGAGUUCGCAACGUCCUCGAAGAAUUCUUCCGCGGCGAACACAAAACAACAUCCGAGGCCGACCCCUAUUUUGUGAGGGAACGUCAAGUUUUUCCGGUACCUGAAGAAUCCCUGGAAGAUCGACCGAUACCUGGUGAACAGGAGAUGAAAGCGGAACAACAAAAAGCGCUGAGGCGUGCCGAAAGUUGGGGUCUGAAAUGUCACCUCUGCGUCACUUUUUACCUAGUAAGAGACUUACAGAUGAAUGUUACACUUCUAGUACUCGUCCUUGAUGAAGUAUAUUCACUUUAGACAAAAAGUAGACAGCUCGAGCCCAGUAAUUUCUACUAACCUCCUGUGGAUGAAUUCAUGGGAUCUUAAGAUUUUUUUCAAUUUGAAUUUCAUGAUGAUAAAUCAAUUUCAUUUGAAUUUCAUCAAGAUAAUCACGGAACUGUUCCAUAUCUAAGAAGAGCAAUGGAAUUUGGAAGAAAAGGUGUUGCAGUCCAUUUACCAUACUAGUAAGUUAAGGCUCCCCCAAGUUCAUCUCUAUAGGGAUCGAUCCCUCAACCGUAUGCGCCCAGAUACAAGGGAAAUAGUGACGCAUACGCCUGAGGGAUUUCCACAGGGAUGAACUAGGGAGAAGUUUAAGGAAGGGAGACCAGGAGGCGUCCCACGAUGCGCGAAUGGAGGCGCCCUCCUCAAGGCCAUCGGCUACCGAUGGCGUGCUUCGUGAUGAACAGGACGAGAUGGAAGACCCUGGCCACGUGUUUAAUGGAGGCGAUUCUGUCUUUGACACUUCCGAGCCGUUGUUUUGGGGUAAGAAUAAUCCGUGCGCCAGGUUGUUUGUUGAGAGUUACGCACCGUUAAUCCUGGACCUAGCGCCUCACUGGAACAUGCCUCUUCUCGCGUAUAGUCUGGAAAAUAAUCUCUUCGAUUCAAGGGAUAGCGAUUUGCCUGGGGAGGUACGGUUUACCGCUCGUCAGGGGGCUGAGAUGAGGCGCGCACGCAGCACAGAGGAGUGCCUAGCACGUGAAGUGCGCAGGCGGGUGGCCUCUCUCUACAGUCGUUAUUUUGAUCUGGACACAACUCUUUCUCAAGACCACCAUGGAAAACCUGCAAGGUGGAUGAAGAAAAGCAAGAAGGACCCAAGCAAGAGGAGGAGCAAAGGGGCGAGGAACUUGCGUUGGCUGCUGAGUUUGUAUCAGCGAAGAUACGAGAAAGAGGUGGCGUACGUCCGGGAGAGUUCAGGAGGAGCCACCAAAGCGAAUAUAGCCCCUCCAACCCUCGCAACGAUUUGGAAUUUGGAGGUGAAGAAAGCAGUCUGGGAAGGUUGUAGAGCAGCGCAGGAGGUGCGUUCUUGUUUUCGAGGCGACACCACUUUUUUGAACAGAGUUUUACUUCAGGUUGCCCCUAAAGACGCUCCUCCCCGGUUGGAUGCAAUUGAUUUUUUACGUACGCCUUACCACUUCGUUGACGAGAAAACUGGGGAAGUAGUUGUAAGGAGGACUCGGGCAGAUGAAGAUCAGCAGAGAAAGGAGAUGGAGGUAGACCAGCAGCAGGGAGAAGCGGAGCCGAAGAUGGACUUUAAUGCUUGAUGCAAUUCAUUUCCAAUGGUCGUCUUCUUCUGUUUCCUUGUUAGGAUUCUGAGGAAGUGAAGGGGUGGACGUGAAGUGAACUGCUUUGAGCUCUAAGGACUCAGCCUCUGCUCGAAAAAUAAAAACGAGACACGAGGAGCAAGAAGGGAGUGAUGAAUUUGAAGGCGACCUCCGAGACCGACCUGCGCAGGGCAUGUGGGUGCGUGCGUCUGAUGGUGCUACUGUUAGAUCAUACAGGACACAGCCUUAUGAUGAAGGGGAAAAGUGCACACACAAGCAAAACACUGGCUAGGAUUUAUGGUAGGAAGCUAGACACUUUUUUGACUAUGAGUGCACCUGUUUCUUUCAUACUGCCAAGUGUAUGGGCGGGAUUCCCUUAAGAGUUCCUCCUGACUGGAAUUCCGCUUUACAUGAUCAGGCGUUGAACAAGCGUUGCAAGGACGAAAGCGCUGGAGGUGAUGAGAAGAAUAAGGGCGAGAGCGAGAAGCAGGUGACGACAACUGCUCCGACAACUGCUCCUCAGAUGGGGCAGGCGCAGCAAAGAGAGGAGAAGCAAGAUGUUCGAAUGCUCCACUCACCCUAUUUUUGGGACCAAGUCGGCUCAGGCAUUCACCGUCCUCUGCUGCAACUCGCUAUCUUUCAUAUUGAUAGGCACUUCGCCAUUUACCCUGCUCCAAGAGUUACAGACGUCGUUUUUCAUGGGUUUGCGAACUCCUUGGAAUCGAACGCACUUCAGGCUGCACGGGCUAGCGCGAUGCAUGACGGCCACGAGUUUUUUCUUUACUUAAGAAAACCGCCCUCACGUAUUCUUAUAGGUAUACAAGUUGUUGUAAUCAAAAUCCAUCUCAUCUUACAGUUACAUACACUUACUAGUCUUCUGUUGUAGGGAACGAAGCUGAAGUUCCCUGUCCCUCAACGAGCCGUACUAUACUCACGAACUAUACGCCUACGCACAGCCAUACGUCGGAAGAUGUUACAGCUUACGAUGACUGUUGACUUUUGACGAGGUUGACGGAUCUUCCGUUCCUCCGAGAAAUGAGAAUGACUUGGCCUAAUAGGUUCAGUGCUCUAACUUACGUCGAGCUGUCCACUGGUCAAACCCUUGCCCAUCGGAGGUGUGGGCCUCAGUCUCUGUGGCACGCAGACGGGACCGACGCAAAACUACACAAGUGGCAGCUAUAUCCGCCAAAUGCACGAGCGUAUAGCACCCAUGCUCUGCAGUGGAUCAGAUCGGUUAAAUAUAGGCUCUCCGACGACUACUACAUCAAGCUCAAAGCCGAGCAUGUAGUUCCGACAUCCUAUAAGAUGACUCCAGUACUUUAAGGCUGCUCAAGUCAUUCAAUUUCAACAGGUCAUUUUUCUCCAUUUUCUUUUUGAAAUGCUUCGCCUAAGACUAUGAGCCAUGAACGUAAGAAAUGAACUAUUUUGAGCUCUAAGCACUAGAGUCGUACUCUGUGAUCGAUGAAGAGAAGGCCCUUUUAGUGGGUGGAAUUCACACGUUUAUUAUGGCGAAGAAUGAGACAGCCAAGCGGCCUGGGAAUUACAAACCUCCAGAAUUCACUCACGAAACCCAAUACGAAUGGCCGCCCGGUGAAGAAAUUAAUCGUGAGAGCCUCUGGGGGCGGCGCGAAUGGUACGGUGAGGCAGGAUUGCACAGCGACUACUUGAAAAAGUCAAGAGAGCGAGGACAUGAAGUAGACCAAAAGAGGCCUCGUGGCGAAAAUCCCGUGGUCUCUUAUGAUUGGGUUGAGGUAGACAAAAACGAGGGUGCUAAGAUGAAAAUGCACAAUGAGAAGCUGCUUGCUCACUACCUAGAACGCCUGCAAGGCGGAAUGCAGUCAUCCUGGGGUGGCCAUCAAGGUAAACCACAGUCUUUCGAGAAGCAGAAGAUUCAUCUGCCCUAUAAGUCACAACUACACUCAAUGUUUGACGAAGGAUUGACUGUUGUUAACGAUCGCAAAAGCAGGCUACCACGACAAGAACCACCAGGUGGCGAUACUGGAACUGGAAGAAGAGAAAUACGAGAAGAUGAAGAUGAUGAUCGAGCUUUACAGUACGAAGCUGCGCCAAAGGCAGAACUUGUACAAAUUCUUAAAGAGCACGCAAGAAGGCAGAUGACAGAGCUAACGGCCGCGGCUUGUAGAAAUCAAAUGGAAAAUUCAGAAGACAAAGACAAACAAGUAAAAGUAGUGGAGCAGGAGCAACAACAAGAACAAAAGGCCUGCUUCGUGACGGCUCCUACAACUGCUUCAUCUCGUCAUAUGCAAGGUACUACGACUCCCUCCGCGAAGGAUGACCACAUCGACGACAUCGACAUGCAGCGUUGGAAUCUCUACUCCCCUGAGGACGGGUUAGCGAACGAACCUGCAUUCCUGAUUGAAGCUGCCUCCGUGGAGGAGUUGGCAAGCAGUGCUGGAGCUGGACAAGAUGGCGCGUUCCGCUUUUCUGUAGCGCUCCAAGACUUCCCCGUGUUUCCCGAUAGCGAACGGAUGGAGGAUCUUCAAGUGCGUGCUUUGAACGAGUUCCUUAUCAGCGUUGCGUGGAAGUUUCCAAGUCGUUUGGAUGCGACGGUCCGAGCAUUUCAGUCGGAGAUUCACACUCGCGAAAUCUUAUCACGACAGACAGACUCGAUUCAGAAAUAUUCGCACUUUUUGGCGUGGACCUAUGCAAACAAUGGAAUGCAGGACCUGCAAAUUAGGGGUAUAUGUGUCGACGAUGUAGUCGCCAAAACGAUCCAGAUUUAAGGCAACCGAGACGCGAGCAUCCUCAGUAUGAUCACCUUAGGGGGCUCUUUUUCAGGGGGAAAAAGACGUACCCAAGGAAGAUAGUCUCAAGGAAGAUGCGACGCGGUAGCUCUAACGAAUCUGUGCACCAGGAGGAGGAAACGCGGAGCACCAGGCGGGCCAGCAAAUAUUGAAUGAUGGGGCAACAGAAGACGGUGGAGUUGCAUAUUUUCAUGACUUCAGGAAUAUUUGGGAAGAUUUCAUUUUGAAUCCCGGGCCUGAGUUUCAUCCUGGAAACCCAGGAUAUCUUACCAAUGGAGCAGCGGAGAGGCUUUAUGGCGGAAGAGUCUCUGCCAACAUGUACAUCCAUUGGUCAGAUCAGGAGAGUGUGGCGCAGUUGGCAGCUUUCGGCAGACUGCAGCAUCAAGAGCCCCAGCGCCAAGUACCUGCUGCAGCCGGAGGAGAAGGAGAUGCAGAAGGAGCGACUUUUAUGAGGAGAAAAAACACACUCACACUCAACAGAAGUGAAAUAAGUAGGCAUAGCUUCUCGUUCAUAUUAGCUGUAGAUCAUGUUGAGAAUGAGCACAAUCAUUCUACUGAAAGAAAGAAUGGUACUGAAAAUGAGAAUGAGCAACCGUCGUGAGUAUAUUUUUCUCCUUCAUUAUCUUUAUCGGUACGCUCCUAUCAGAGACGGCGAAACAUGAAAAAGCGGGUGUCGCUGUUCUGACUCCAAGGGAAGACGAGGAGAUGCGACAAGAAGAAUGUGUAGAAUGUGAAGACACGGGAUGUAUAGAAGAAGCCCUAGCUUCCCUACACCUAGGAAGAAAUACAGAGGACGCCGACACUCUACCACCUACUUCUAAACGCAACAGGCUGCCAAAGCCAAUAGAAACAGAAGCAACUACGGCCUCCACGCCUAGUAAAAGUAAUAUCAAUCGUGACUGCUCUAUUAAACAAGGAGAAAAAGCAUCUUUAUUGUUUUCUGGUGGAGACGAGGGGGACGAGCCUACGAGAAUCCGAAGAGGACGAGCACAGGGAGAUGAUAUGGACGAGGCUAAUCCUAACCGAUCAACCCCACGUCGAGCAGAACGGCCCCAGCCAGAUGACAUGGAGGGAGCAAGACGAGCUGCUGCUUUCUUCGAAGCAGAUGAUGAGAGAGAUGCGCAAGAACGACUGCGAAGGAUCGACUACUUCCUAGAUUAUCAGGCAGAGGCGAUGGGUUCGCUCGUACUUCGUGUGGUUAGGAAUUUCGCCGCGCCCGUAAUGGAACCUGCAAUGGCACGUGAAAAACUAGGAAGGAAAGAUUUCGAGGAGUUACUCAUCCAAGACGAGCAGGAAGAUGUUGGGGUAGACUUUGACGUCGAGUUCGAAAAGGAGGACCAGAACGUCGAGGAGCCGGAGUGCGAAGAAGAAGACCUGCUCGUGAAUGCUGUUGAAGGUAAAUUGACCAUCGUGGAAGAUGAUCCGCAGACCUCCACGGGUGGGCGUGGGCAGGGCUUCCUUGAACGAAGGUCUUCUCCUAGUCACCGAGAGGUCGAUACUGCCUAUCAUGGAGCACGCGGCGUGACUAGUGCGGCUGAUUGCCGAAGUAGAUCGCGGAGUCCGAGUCGAAGCUGCGAUCGAGAUGAAGCAAAAAGAAAAAAGAAGCUACGAAGGCGCAUGGUUGGAAGUGUGUCCCCAUCUCAUGCUUCUUCUAGUUCUGGCUCUUCGUCUGGCUCUGCUGCGUCUGGGAAAGAUGACAAUGAUACGAAUGAAGAUCAGGUGGAGGUGAAAGGGGAGUUUGCAUUUUACUUUGUAGAUCCGCAGGCAAGGUUUCUGAACACGAAAAUCGGCGAGCAAGAUUCACGUCUCAGGGACGUUUUUGUCAACAAAGAAAACGAUCUGCAAGUGACAUGCGAAGGCUGUAGUGAAGCAGGGAAGAGCGCAAAAACUACGGAAGAAGGCCGCGCUGGUGUUGGAGAAGUUGAUGGAGCACAAGCAGUAGACGAUGUGGAGAUGAAAGAUCCUGGCUCAAAAGAAGAUCCUGACUCAAAAGCUGAAGAAGAUUUGCUCUCAGAUCAAUUGGAUUCAGAUCGAGAACUAGAAGAUGAUCCAGAAGAUGUAAAGGCAGCUGGGUCUGCAGAAGUUUGGUCUGCAGAAGACGAAAGGAAAUCUUCAAUGCGCCUUUUUUGGAAAAAUGUUCAGUGGUCUGUUUUACGGCAUGAUCAGUACCUUGCGAUCGACGUCAUACUAGAGAAGCUCUUAGUUAAGGAUUGGAAGUUGGCCGGUCUAUACAACGCACAGAUAUCUAACUAUGACUUUUUCAGCAAGUAGAUGAAAACGAAAAGUCAUAGAUAUGGGAGAUAGAUCGGCCACUUUUCAACGUGCUCUAACUUAACACACCUCCUGUUCCGGCCAAAGGUCUACACACAUGAAGGGCCGCCUUCUCCCAAAGCCCAUCAGCAAGUUCAGGAAGCCUUUGAGUUUGCAGGGGUUUUCCCGAAUCUAGCAGGGAAACGCAUUGGGAAGGUCGUUGCUGAUAGAUCUUCCCUUUACAAUUACCCUUACCUCCGGAUAGAUGACGCUGUGCAUACUUUUCUCUUCGACAGGCCAGAGACAAAACUUUUCGGUCUUAGAGUAGAUUCAGAUGUAACGCUGCUGAACCGCCGCGACCCACUUGGGGAUGAGUUCGCCUAUAUUCCGCCAAGUCAAGCUCAAGCUCCUCGUGAGUUCUGGUUAGAGCGGAAAAAACUGAAGAGAGGCAUUUAUUCUGACAUGGUAAAGGCUGACCAGAAAAUUGCCCAGGAAUUGAAUGAAAAAGCUGCGGAACAAAGAAUAAGAGCGCCAAAAAAAAGCGAUCUACUAGGAAAACGAGAGCAGCACAGCACCAGAGCGCCGCACCAAGAUUCAAGUUUUUCUGGUGGAGCAGCAAGUUCGAGGAGAGUGAUGCCUCUUGUCGUUCGCAAGGCUAACACCUUGUAUUCCGCAAUUGAGUCGCACUACAAACUUUUCUACCGUGACGUGAUCGAUUGGUUGAUUAAUAGAGUCCGAAUUGCAGCAUAUGAGGACCGACAAGCGGACAGGAGUCUUUCGUCGGAUAUUGCCGAACUUGGAAAUUAAGACGAUAUUUAUACCACCCAAGCUUCUACUUACUUAUAGUUAUAAUAUAUAGAGUUAGAGUAGUUUCUGCAAUGAUCUUUCAACCUUUAGUAAAUUUAAAUAGCUGCUUAUUGAUAUUGCUAUUCUUGGACUUGGUAUUGCAAUUCCUAUAGCUAUUGCUAUACUAUACGGCUAGAUAAAGAUAAGUGGAGAUGCAGCUUUGGGUCGAGUAGUUUCUUUUUGGAAGAAGUGCCACGAAUAGCUGAGCCUCUACGUUGUUGGAGGUAGAACAAUAUAGUAGAGAAACUCUAAGUUUAAAACCCUCUCGACGCAAAGUAGAUACGUCCUACCUCUAAGAACAGACAGACAUCUUUCCCAUUCCCAGCCACUUGUUUUGUGCCGAACUGGAACGCCAAUUGGCGGUUGAGGAGGACAAAAGAGGACAAUCUAUCCGCGUCGCGUUAUAUGUCAUCUCGCAGCAGACUGGCGUCCCAUGGAAGAAACUGGAGCAGUAUUACUGGUUGCUGGAGAGUUCCGAUAGGGCACAACGCUGCACAACGCUGCACGACAGCUACACAACUCGAGAUGGUAAAAUACGAACACAAGAAGAUCAUGAAUCGGGUUUGCGACGCCAUCAGCAUAUUAGCUUGCGCUCUGAGUACACAAAAACAACAGGCACAAGGUAUGAUAGGCUUCAUAUACCUGCUGCCGAUGAAGAAGAAGAGCCAAAAAGACGAGGCGAAGACGACCAUGACGAGGGCGAGGAGAGCUCCAUACUAGAAGAGACGAGAGCUGUAGACAUCAACCUUAUUGAUUUCCACAAAAAGCUAAAACGCUUAACGUUGGAGGGAAGCGGAGAUCUUUCGUUCUCCAGACCACAUGAUCACGCUUUUUGUAAAGGCAUCCAACCUUGGCUAAGGGACAGCGUCGAGGGAUUUUGGACUACGAGGCCACAGAUUUUUGAUAACAUGGGGGCUUUGGUAUUCAGAGGAAACCAGCGCUCGAAUCCCUUGCAGCCUUUCUUCAGCGAAAUGAGUGGUCUUCUUUCAGAGACGCGCGAUGCAGGAGGUGGCGGCGGCGCAGAUGGAAGUCACACCACGGGCAGCGGUGCUGGUGG